AUGCACCCCUCACUACGCCUCGCCAACCAGGCUCGCCAACCCCUCAUUCGCUUUCUAGGAAAACGGCAGUGGCCCUCAAAACCCGAGGAGCAGCACCCGCAUCCGUUCGCGCCCCAGGAGCUCAAGGAACGCUUCGGCGAAUUUGUGAAGAAGUUCCAGACCGCGCCCGCUGCCGCUGCGUCUGGUUCAGGCGCGGCUAAGAAGAGCUCGAGCAGCGCGAAGGUGUUCGAGGAGUUCUGGCAGGCCCCGUCGCGGUUCUGGAAACACGAUCUAGAGGAGUGGGAGAUUGACCUUGUACAGAGCGGAGGAGCGACCCGGCACUAAUUGUACAGUUUGCGAGAUAUAAUGGACAUCGGCGGCACUUUUAUUUAAUGGAACCACCUGUACCCCUGCUUGGAACACCCGCUACUUCACGGUCAUAUCUGGGAGCGGCAAGACCAGACACCUCAUUGGUUUACG